AUGGCGGCAGAGGUGUGACAGGAUUUGGCCCAGCUCAUGAAUUCAAGGGACUCGCCUAAAGAUCUGGCGGGCAAAUCUCGUCGGAUCCUGGGAAAAGCUAUUCAGCUGUCUGGGACAGAGCAACCUGAAGCUUUGACAGCCUUUGUGGAAACAAUGGUAAACGAGAAUAUCAGCCUCGUGAUCCAGUCAGGACAGUUGCUGACUGACUUCUGCACACAUCUCCCUAACCUGUCUGACAGACAGCCUAGAGUAACUUCAUUUAAAGAGCAGGUUGCUUUAAUAAGACAGCAUCUUUCAUCCAUGUAUGAGAAAGAAGAAGACUGGCGAAAUGCAGCUCAAGAGUUGGUGGGAAUUCCUUUGGAAAUCUUUCUGGAGGCUGAUGAUCCAGUACAGGCAGAAGCUUACAUAAAUCAAGCAUCAUUGCUUCAGAAUGAAUCAACCAAUGAACAGUUACAGAUACAUUAGAAGGUAUGCUAUGCUCGUGUUCUUAAUUAUAGAAGAAAAUUCAUUGAAGCUGCACAAAGAUACAACGAGCUUUCUUACAAGACAAUAGUUCACGAAAGUGAAAGACUUGAGGCCUUAAAACAUGCUUAGCACUGUACCAUCUUAGCAUCAGCAGGAUGGCAGCAAUCGGUUCUGACUCCAUGGCACCUGACAACAACAACAACAACAACUCUUUUUAAGGAUGAAAGGUGCCAGCAACUUGCUGCUUAUGGGAUUCUAGAGAAAAUGUACCUAGAUAGGAUCAUCAGAGGAAAUCCACUUCAAGAAUUUACUGCCAUGUUGAUGCCUCACCAAAAAGCAACUAGCAUCUUGGACAGAACUGUUAUUGAACACAAUUUGUUGUCUGCCAGCAAAUUGUAUAAUAAUAUUACCUUUGAACUUGGAGCUCUUUUAGAGACCCCUGCAGCUAAGGCAGAAAAGAUAGCAUCUCAAAUGACCACAGAAGUACGUAUGAAUGGAUUUAUUGAUCAGAUGAUCGGAAUAGUUCAUUUUGAAACACGAGAAGCCGUGCUAUCAUGGGACAAACAAAUCUAAUCGCUUUGCUUCUAAGUGAACAACCUUUUGGAAAGAAUCAGCCAGACAGCACCCGAAUGGACCGCACAAGCUAUGGAAACCCAGAUGGCUCAGUGA